AUGAGAUACCUCACAAGAGAGGCGAGGCCCAAGAGGACAAUGUCAGCAAACUCAACCGGUUCAAACCGACGUCGACUUGGUCAUUUUGAAGAAAUGUUGGAUAUUCAAUCCAUGGAAAAAACUGGCACAGGGAAUAUAUGUGUGUCGAUAUCAAUAACAUCGAAACAAAGCUUGGUACACCAACAUGUUCACGAUGCUCUGCUACUGUUAUCCAAGCGACAGCCGAUGCUUCGGGCAGUGAUAGCAACAAUGACCAACGGAGAUAAAUAUUUCGAAAUCAAGGAAAUCAAUGAAGUGAUUACAAUGUUAGAUAUCACUACUUCUGAUGUAAAGGCUUUUGACUGGCAAAGUAUGUGGUUUGAAUAUACAGCAAAACAGAGUGGAAAUGGUCUGCUAUGGCGAGUCGUAAUAUUACAAGAAGAAUUCAUGCAAGAUACUAAAGAUUAUGCAAAUACAUUAAUGUUCAACUUCAACCAUGCCUGUAUUGACGGCGUGUCCUCUGUGAAGUUUUGCGAGCAAUUUCUUAAGUAUAUGAAUGGACUUGCAAACGGUACUACCACAGCUGACGAAGAAAUCGCAAGUCUAGAACUGCUGCCACAAGUACACGAGAUUGUCACACGGGGACGCAUUUGGCAUUCAUUGUUUAAUUUUAUUCUGGCUUAUUGUGGCCUACGACCGAUCAUGAAAUUUUGCUUGGAAAAAAUGUUCAAUCGUCUUAUACAAAAGAAGCCGUGUAAUCCGUACCACGUUCAGUUUCCACCGAACUCAGAGGUUUCUACGUCUGGCGUACCAUCACUACCACAACUGAGUGUAAAGGUUUUUACUGAGAAUGAAACAAAGGAUAUUAUAAAAGCCUGCAGAGCAAAUAAUUGCACAGUAACAGCUGCUAUUGCUGCUGCAGCACAUUUAGCCUUUUGUGAGCUUAUAGAGCCUGAUCAAUCUAAUCCUGAAGUGGAGUUAGAAUUGCCGUUUGCUAUCGAUGCUCAACGCCUCUGUAAUCCCAAACCGCACCAAGAAUACCUUGGACAGUUUGC